AUGGCCCAAUUCCUGGUCUUCGUCUGCAUUAUGGCAUUCGCUGCCUUCGUUGCUUCCGACCAAUCGAUCUACGAUCAAGAGGAAGGAACGAAUAAUUUUCGAUUCGUCGGAUUCGGUGGUCCGGAGCGUGUUCCACCUUUCGAAUCGCUAGAAGGUGUUCUCCGACGGCUUCAUCUCCGUGCACUUCCGAUGAUGAAGAGGUCUAUCGCUAUCGGUCGUUCGGGCUUCCGACCUGGAAAAAGAUCAAUGGAGAUCUUUGCGUUUUGA